CAAGAGAGAGGACAGAGCAGGAUGAAGAGACUGGUCUUUGUGCUCCUUUUCGUGGCGGCGAUGCUGGCGUCGCUCGCCACGAAUGCCGGAUGCCUCGACUCGCAGCGCGACGAGAGCGCACCCAUGGUCAAGCGCGUCCUAGGAAGCGGACAGCACGAGGAGGACGAGGACAGACGGUCCGACGAGAGCGCGCCCAUGGUCAAGCGCGGCCUCGGAACUGGACAGCACGAGGAGGAAGAGGACAGACCGGCAAGUAGUAAGCCAGGCUCCAUCCUGGAGCGGAUGGCCCGUGACGAGCAACAGAUCCAGAAGACGGUUGAUUUCUACGCACGCUAUUGGCGAGACCGAUAUCGCAAGGCGGCGCUCGAGCUGAGAGAGCAAAGGGGAAUCAACCAGGAAAGCCACGGAGGGCAAGAAACGGAGCAAGAGGGCGACGGCGACGACGACGGGAGUAUAGCAGUCAAGGCUUCCGCUAGAUGCCGCCCGUCGAUCCCGCAGCACGAAUCGUCCGAUGAGUCCGACGAGAGCGCGCCUAUGUUCAAGCGCGGCCUCGGAAGUGGAGGAAGUGGACAGCACGAGGAGGGAGAGGACAGACCGGCAAGUAGUAGACCAGGCUCCCUCCUGGAGCAGAUGGCCCAUGACGAGCAACAGAUCCAGAAGACGGUUGAUUUCUGGGCACGCUAUUGGCGAGACCGAUAUCGCAAGGCGGCGCUUGAGCUGAGAGAGCGAAGGGAAAUCAACCAGGAACGCCACGGAGGGCAAGAAAUCAAGCGAGAGGGAGACGACGACGACGACGGGAGUAUAGCGUAUUGGCUGAAUCGAUUUGAAGAGGUGACAGAGGAACUUGAACGGACACCCGGGAGCUCGAGGAAGCGGGAAUGGGAGCACGAAGAAGAGGAGAAAAGGCGACAAGACCUGGCGCGCCUAAUGCCACCGCCAGCUGGCGUACCGAAUGCUCAGCGGUUCCGAAGGCUAAGUUCGAUGUCGCAGACGCCCGAGCGGGAGAAGAAAAAGCAGCCCAAAGCGCACCCAAACGAGGGAGCCAUCACAACGGAAGGAUCCGGAGGGCGUCUCUCAAAGCCAGAAAGACCAUAA